AUGAUCCCGGGAGAAUUCUCGUUUAAUGUCAAAGGUGGACGCUGUGAAGCCUGUUCCGGCGACGGCGUCAUGAAAAUUGAAAUGAACUUUUUGCCGGAUGUCUUUGUGGAAUGUGAAGAAUGUAAAGGUGGUAAAACCGUGUAUAUUCUCGAUGAACCAACAACCGGUCUGCAUUUCCAUGAUGUGAAGAAGUUAAUCGGCGUUCUUGAACGUCUUGUUGAUGCCGGAAACACCGUAAUUGUUAUUGAACAUAACCUUGAUGUCAUUAAAUGUGCCGACUAUAUCAUCGAUUUGGGACCGGAAGGCGGGACAGCGGGAGGAACCAUAAUUGCCAAAGGAACUCCGGAAGAGGUUUCCAAAGUCAAAAAAAGUUAUACCGUAUCCCAUAAUAAUUUCCCUCAAGACAAAUCUGUAUACAUGGGAAAGUUGAGAGACCGUGAUAUGCGUAAUAUUAUCCGGAAUCGGAAGCAGAAAAAGAAAUCUGUAGCUUGGCUUGCAGAAUAUUAUGGCGUUACCAAACGUAGAAUCAGACAAAUUCUUGCUUAUGAAGAAAAAUAUGGUGCUGCACCUAUAGUUCAUAAUAAAGGAAGAAAAAUGAAGAAGAUCACUGAAAAAGAGGAAGAACUCAUUGUCAGUUACUAUCUUUUAACACGAUUGUCUCCUGUUUACCUAGAACGUGUUAUUGAAAAGAAGGAAGUCCCAAUUCUCGAAAACAAAAGCAACGGAAAUAUCAUAGAUAUGAACGAAAUCACUCCAUGUCACUAUGGCAUGGAGAUUGGAAACAGAUACAUCUCCAGGAUAAAAACUAUUUGGAUGAUUAUUGCCUUUGUUGAUGAUAGUUCACGUCUCAUUACCUGUUCUGGUCUCUAUGAGAAUGCAACCGCCGCAAACACCAUUGAUACACUUAAGAAAGGGUUCGAAGAAUAUGGUAUUCCGGAUGCAAUUUUAAUCGAUAAUGGAACUCAAUUUUUUUGCUGUGAAUUCCAACUCCCCUGA